AGCUAAUAUCAGACACAGUCGUCGCUUUAUUUCUUUGAGUUCAACAAUGGAAAAAGUUACAUUUUUUUUAGUCCUACUUGUCAGCUUAUCGUGUGACUGUGGCAAUUCUCAAAAUGAAAACAACGAACCCAACGCAUAUACUUACGGUACGCCAAGAAAACGUGCCAGACAUGGAAUAGUACAAACCAUCAAUAUCCUAGGUGAAGAUACACACGAUUUUCCAGUUAGCGAUGAGCCAGUAUUAGAUUCAUAUCCUUCUAAGAUACCGUCUUUGAAUCCUUCAAAGUCAAUUGGAUUUCUGCAGCCACAAGAAAUCAGUCUAGCCGAUCAAUGUUUUCCUAGGCCUCAGUGUGAUUUUUUUAGCAAGUACAGAACCAUAGAUGGUAGUUGUAAUAAUUUACUAUACCCGACUUGGGGACAAACUAACACAGCCAACACACGAAUUAUUCAAGCUAAUUAUUCGGAUGGUUAUUCACAGCCAAGAAAAUCAGUAUCUGGUCACGACUUGCCAGAAGUCCGAAAAAUACGUAAAACAAUAUUUAAAGACAUUGACAAAUCUUCACACACACAUAAUUUAUUUGUCAUGCAAUAUGCUCAAAUCGUUACACACGAUACAGCAAGUACAUUAAUCAAAGAAAAAGGACCUUAUGGUCCAGUGAAGUGUUGCAAUGAUGAUGGUUCAGCGCCGGAAGUUAUACCAAAAGAAUGUCUUCAGAUUAGAACCACAUAUGAUGAACCUGAAUCAAAAAACCGUUGCUUAUCCAUCCCCAGAUCACUUGACACAUCGGAUAAGGGUUGUAGCAUUAAACCGGUCAGACAAAUACUCGGAGUCUCCAGUUAUAUCGACGCAUCGGUAUUAUAUGGCACAGACUAUGCAACAUCGCGUUCUAUAAGAACAUUCAAAUAUGGAAAACUCAGACGGCAAUUGGGACCAAAUGGAAAACCGUUCUUACCCAAUCUAAAAAAACCAACAGAACUUUGCAACGUUACUCAAGACACCACAGUGUGCUACCUUUCAGGUGACCCAAGAAUCAACAUACAUCCACAAAUGGCAGUUGUAACAACUUCAUUAUUGAGACUACACAACUAUUUAUGUGAUGAGCUUAGUUGCUUGAACCCCAAUUGGGAUGAUGAGCGAUUAUACCAAGAAGCCAGGAGAAUACUCAUUGCAAUGCACCAACACAUUACAUACAAUGAAUUUGUUCCAAUACUUUUAGGAAGAGAUUUCGCCAGAGAAAACUAUUUACUACCAAUGACUAAUGGAUUUGACGAUAGUUACGAUCAAUAUUUAAAUCCGACUACAACAACCAGUUUUACAGCCGCUGCAUUCAGAUCAAUGCAUAGCUCCAUACCUGGAUUUAUUGAUUUGGUGAAUGAAGCCCGAAAAAUAAAAUCGAAAAUACGGAUAGGUGAUUUCUUUUUUAAGCCCGACAUAGUACAAAGACAAGAUAAUUAUGAUAGCUUCAUCAGAGGGUUGCUAACUCAACAUGUGCAAGAAGUAGAUCAAUAUUUUACAGAAGAGAUAAGUGAGUCGGCAAUCAGAAUUCCGGAGAGACACCAAAGAGUUGACUUGGUCAGCAUAGACAUGGAGCGGGGUAGAGAUUACGGAGAGCCACCUUAUAAUAAAUUUAGGCAACUCUGCGGAUUGAGCGAGGCCAAGAGCUUUGACAGCCUGAUCGAUCAAAUGGAUAAAAAACAUGUCGAGGCCCUAUCGAAAAUGUACAAACACGUGGACGAUAUCGAUUAUUACGUGGCUGGUCUCUUGGAAAAAUCAAAACCCGGAACUGUAUUAGGUCAUACGUUCCAAUGCGUUGUCGGGGAGAUGUUUUUCAGAUUAAAGUAUGGCGAUCGAUAUUACUAUGAAUUCGGGAAUCAGAUUGGUUCUUUUAAAAUAGAACAACUCAAUGAAAUAAGAAAAACGACAUUAGCACUCAUCGUGUGUUUAACAUCAGAUAUUUACUCUGUACAACGGAAUAUGUUUGAGAUACCCAGCAAUCGUAAUCCAUUGGUAUCCUGCAGCUCUAUACCAAAACCUGAUUUGUCUGCCUGGAAAGAAGAUAAAAAGAAAAUGAAAAGAAUCAUUAUUGUUUUCUCGUUGUUUGUUUGUGUAUCGUGUAAUUUUCAUAAACAUGAAGAAACCGAACUCAAAUCAGAUAAGAAUAGACGGCCAGAAUCACUGUGUUUACAUGCCAAAAAUAAUGUUCUCAAGAAAAACAAUUUUUUUCGGGAUGAAGGAAUUCAUAAUGUGUCGAUAAUGAGGGACGAACAUGCAGUUGUAGAUUCAAAUCCAGCUAAGAUACCAUCUCUAAUGGAUCCAUCAAAAUCGGUUGGACUGUUAUCACCAAUAGACGUUGACCUUGCCGAUAAAUGUUUUCCUAAGCCCAAGUGUGAUCCCAAUGCACCAUUUAGAACCAUAGAUGGCGGUUGUAAUAAUUUGAAUUUUCCAGUUUGGGGACAAGCGAAUACAGCGAAUACCCGAAUUAUCGAGGCAAAUUACUUGGAUGGUAAAUCGCAGCAAAGAAAAGCAAUUUCGGGUCGCGAAUUGCCAAAUUCCAGACAUAUACGAACGACUUUGUUCUUAGAUGUGCAGAAACCAGCACCAGAACAUAAUGUAUUGGUCACGCAAUUCGGACAAAUGAUUGCACACGAUACUGAAUUGGCAUUUCCUAAGCUUUCAGUAAAUGGCGGUAAACUCGAGUGUUGUAACCCAGAUGGUACGACUCCAAAAUUUCUGCCGAAAGGGUGCCUUCCAAUAACAAUCCCACUAAACGAUCCUGGUUCGAAAAAACGAUGUUUGUCCAUUCCACGAUCAGCUGAUACGUCGGACAUAGGUUGUCAGAUUCAACCGGUCAGACAACUUAUUGGUGUUAGCAGUUUUAUUGACGGCUCCGCAUUAUACGGUUCAGAUACUGUUACGGCAAGAAGUUUACGUACACUUAUUAAUGGCAAGCUAAAAACACAGAUUGGACCUAAUGGAAAAUCAUACUUAUCAAAUGUCAAAAAACCAACACAAUCGUGCAACGUCCCUACAGAUAACUCUGUGUGCUAUGCUUCAGGGGAUCCGAGAGUUAACCAACAUCCCAACAUGGCAGUCAACACAAUUUCCUUAAUGAGAUUGCACAACAUAUUGUGUGAUGAGUUUAAACGAUUGAACCCCACGUGGAACGACGAAAAAAUAUAUCAACAAGCCAGGAGAUUAGUCAUCGCAAUGUAUCAGCAUGUUACAUACAAUGAAUUUUUGCCGGUGAUUUUGGGUAGAGAUUAUUGCAGAGCAAAUAAAUUACUACCGUUGAAUGAUGGAUUUGACGAUAAUUAUGACGCAUUCUUAAACCCGACUACAUUCACUAGUUUUACCGCUGCUGCGUAUAGAGGUCUCCACAGUUAUAUACAAGGAUCGAUGGAUUUGGUUAAUGAAUCCAGACAAACCACAUCAACGUUCCGUUUAAGUGACAUAUUCUUGAGACCUGACAUUGUGCAAAACAAAGACAAUUAUGAUAGUCUCGUCAGAGGAAUGUUGACCCAACACGCACAAGGACAAGAUCAAUUUUUCACGACAGAGAUCACUGAAUUCCUAUUCAGAAGCCCGAACAAAACAGACGGUUCUGACUUGAUCACCUUAGACAUGGAACGCGGCCGAGAUUUCGGUGAACCCCCUUAUAAUAAAUUCAGACAGCUGUGUGGUUUGAGAGCGGCCAGAACAUUUGGUGACUUUACCGAUCAAAUAAGUAAAAAAAACGUGGAUGCCUUAGCUAGCAUGUACGAACACGUGGACGAUGUUGACUAUUACGCAGCUGGUAAUUUAGAAAAACAGAAACCGGGAUCCAUAUUUGGGCAUACAUUCCAAUGCAUCAUCGGUGAAAUGUUUUUCAGAUGGAAAUUUGGUGACAGAUUUUAUUACGAAUUCGGAAAGCAACCGGGUUCUUUUACCUUAGACCAACUUAAAGAAAUACGAAAAACGACAUUAGCUUUCAUAAUGUGUGUAACGUCAGACAUUCGUCUCAUACAACGCAAUGCAUUUGAUGUACCUAGUGGUCGAAACCCAUUGGUAUCUUGCAACUCAAUAACAAAACUCAAUCUGGCUCCCUGGAUAGAUAAUUUAUAGGAAUAUCGUUCGUCAAACACUUUAGUUCCACAUAUUUAUAUACUUUGUCUCAUAUGUACCUAGUAUAUAAGUAAGUAGUAUAUUAUGUGCUUAGUAUUAGAAAUUAGAACGAAGUAUAGUAAUCCGGGUACUACGUAAUUAAAAUUUAAAAAAAAUUGUAACUAUAUUAAUUGUAUACUUUCUAAGUGUAGAGAAUAUUAAAAACUAAGUGGUUGAUAAUUAUUUAA